GAAGAAAGAAGAAAGAUGAAGCUACUGGCAGUUGAAAUGAUUUUGUUUCUAAUAUCAUCAUUAAUGUCAAAGAGUUUUGUGUAUGGAGAGCAGGGAUGUACAGAGAAGUUUAUGGAGUUGUCACAAGUAACAUACAGAGCACAACACACAUCAGCUACUGCCACUGGAGAGACAUGGAGUGACAAAAUAAGAGUCCUUCAAGAGUAUCAGUUCAAUUGUUCAUCCACUAAUAUAACCAGUCUUAUAUUGGGUAUUGAUGUAAGGAGAGCUACUGGUAGUAUUAGUUUAUUUCCAAGUGUUAGAGUUUAUAGACCUAGCAGCAAUGAUCCUGGGAAGUAUGAUCUAGUGACUGGUAGUGAGAGAACUAUUUAUUAUUCUACCUCUAAUGUCAGUACUAGUGGAGUGUUUGAAUAUUCUCUCAAUCCUCCUAUACCAGUAAUGAGUGGAGAAGUUGUGGCUGUAGUACAACCUCUUGAAGAAGAGAGUGUCAUCAGAGUCUAUUACAUUGAAGAUGUAUCUGGAAUCAGUUUUAGUAGCAGUCAGGAAAUAUCAAUUAAUUCAGAUCCAAUUGAUUUAGGUAGCUCUCCAAAAACAAAUCAGUUGAUAUUAGUAUAUCCAGUAACAGAUGGAUACUGUGUUAAUAAUACCAAUUCAAUCACUCCUUCAGUUAUUAAAAAUAAUUUCCUAACAAUCCAAAGUAGUGGAGAUAUUGAUCAGAGAAGGCAGUAUUUAUAUCCUGAAAUUGUGUUUUCAUGUAAUGGAUCCCUCACUAAAUGGAUAUAUGGAGGAGAGCCGGUUUCAGGCAAUAACAGAAAUGAUUUACCUGAGCUCCAAAUAUGGCGUCAACUGGGUCCCAAUAAUUACAAUAAAAUAGGAUCUAGUUUAGUUAAUGCUAGUACAAUGAUUGGUAAUAAUCUCUAUGAGUUUAUUCCUCAGACUCCACUGCAGUUUCAGAAAGGAGACAUAUUUGGUGUUCAUAUUCCUCAAGCAAGUCAAAGUGUAUUUUCUUUAUUUGAACAGAGAGGGAAUGGACCACUUAAUGAACAAAUGAAUGGUGAUGUCGAUAGUCCUUCUUCAACAAUAACUCAAGCACUUGUAACAGACUCAAAUAAUGAUUUCCCAUUAGUCACUGUAGAAGUAUCAAUUUCAGUGGCAUCUAGUAGUGUUCCUAGUUCAUCCAUAACUGCAGUUAUUCCUCCUAGCAUCUCAUUUGUAAUCUCUAAUCCAUCAAUUAUGUCAUCUACUGCUUUUAGCAGUUCUUUUGCGACUGAUACCACUCCAGUUAGUUCAGAAGGGAUUAUUACUACUGCUCCUAGUGACUCCUCAGUUAGUUCUACUACUGUAACUAGUACUGCCCCUAGCAGUACCUCUAUGAUGACUACUGCUUCUAGCAGUUCAUCUAUGACUGACACCACUUCAACAACAAGUGCUACUUCUGCCUUUAGCAGUACCUCUAUGAUGACUAAUGUUCCUUCUAACAGUUCAUCAUCUACUAUUCCUCCUAAUACUGUAGGAACUUCCACUGGAUUUACUGGUUCUAGCAGUUCAGUUGAUAGCAUAUCUAGUUCUUCUCACAUUAUGACACCUUAUCUUACCACAAGCUCUUCGGCGCUUUCAAACCCUUCAGCUGGCAGUGGUGCUUCUGCAGUGAUUGCUAUUGUCAUUAGUAUGUUAGUGUUAUUACUAGCUAUCAGUGUGAGCACCAUUGUUGUCUUAUUGGUUGUUUUCAAGAAGAGGAAGAAACGCUAUUUGGAACGUGUCACAUUACUUGCAGCAUCAAAUGGCUCUACAAGUAUGCUGCGUAAUGGUGCUGCUAUUAACAAUGUAGUGUAUGAAGAUGUAGACAAGUUAUCAGGGCCUGUAACUUAUGAUUACCUUCGUGAAACAGCUCCUGAAAUCCCACACAAAGGAUCUAGUAUUUCUAAUCCACUUUAUGAUGAUAAGUCAUUUGAUAAAGCACCAACAGUGGCAACCCCUGCUUAUGAAACACUGGAGCCCCAUGCUUAUGCAACACUGGAUCCCCCACCAAUCAAUGUAAAUAAUGUUGUUUUAACUAAUUAGAUCUAACUAAUGCUUCUAGUUUCAAUAAUAUAGCUAGUUUUACUG